AUGAUCCAUGAAAUUGAAGCCCAAAUCAAAAGAGAUAACUUCUUUGUCCCCCUAGAAGAAAAGGCUCAUCUUAAACCCCACAAAAGUUCUGUUAGAAGAAAUGGCCAUGCCUGUUCUGCAACUUCUGACAGAACUAACCAAUUGAAUGAUGGUUAUGAAUUGAUUUGCCAAGAAUGUGGUGGGGUUUUUAAGAACUGGGGUGUCGCGGAGUCGCAUCAUCUUUCCAAGCAUGCCGUCCGAGAAUUAGAACAGGGAGAUUCAUCCAGGAAAGUUGUAGAACUAAUCUGCAAAAGAAAUUGGCCAAUGUCAAAAUCCCAUCACAUUGAGAAAGUUUUCAAAGUCCACAACUCCCCAAGAACUCAGUCUCUGUUUGAAGAAUAUAGAGAAAUGGUGAAAAGUGAAGCGAGCAAAGUGGAGAAUGAAAGCCCACGUUGUUUAGUCGAUGGAAAUGAGCUCUUGAGGUUCCAUGGCACAAAGAUUGCUUGCUCAUUAGCAGCCGCCGAUGGCUCUCAAAUUCUAUGCAAUUUGGACAACUGUGGAGUUUGCCAAAUUUUAAGAAAUGGGUUUAAUAGUGUGUUUACUUGUGCAACAAGUAGAAAAGCCUUCGAAUCAAUUGCGAUGAAUGAAGAAGAUGUGGGGUUAAGAAGAGCUUUAAUGGUGUGCAGAGUGAUUGCAGGGAGGAUGGAGGAAGAUGAAAAGAAGGUCGAUUCCGGGUUCGAUUCGUCGGGUGGGAAAACGGGUCAGAAUUCGAAACGAGGAGAACUUUAUGUCUUUGAUUCUAGAGCUGUACUUCCUUGCUUCGUGGUAACUUACCAAUGGUAA